AUGUCAAAAUUCAAACAGUUGGGCGUUGCAAAUUGGUUAUCAGAGUCAUUGCUGGCUAUGAAAAUUACCACUCCAACCGAUAUUCAAAAAGCCUGUAUUCCCAAAAUCCUACAAAACUAUGAUUGUAUUGGAGGUGCUAAAACUGGUUCUGGCAAAACAAUUGCAUUUGCUGCUCCAAUAUUAAGCACUUGGUCUGAGGACCCAAGUGCAAUUUACGGUGUUGUUUUAACACCAACAAGAGAAUUGGCUUUACAAAUUGCUGAACAAUUCACUGCGUUGGGUGCUUCCAUGAAUAUCAGAGUAUCAGUUAUCGUUGGCGGUGAAGAUAUUGUUAAACAAGCCUUGGAACUUCAAAACAAACCCCAUUUUGUGAUUGCAACACCAGGUAGGUUAGCUGACCAUAUUACAAACAGUGGUGAUGAUACAAUUUGUGGCCUAAGGAGAGUCAAAUAUUUAGUGUUAGAUGAAGCUGAUAGAUUAUUAAGCAAUAGUUUUGGCGACGAUUUGGAAAAAUGUUUUAGUAUAUUGCCUUCAUCUGAUAAAAGGCAAACUCUAUUGUUUACUGCUACAGUCACUGAUGCUGUCAAGGCUCUAAAAGAUCGACCAAUCUCCAAAAAUAAGAAACAAAUAUUUGUUCAUGAAGUGGAAUCCUUGGAUAAAGUGCGAAUCCCUCCUUCUUUGUCCAUGUAUUAUUUUCUUGUUCCUUCUGAUGGUCUUAAAGAAGCUUACUUGCAUAACCUAUUGGUAAAUGAGAACUAUUUAGAAAAAUCUGCAAUCAUUUUCGUCAAUCGAACACGAACAGCUGAAAUAUUGCGACGAAUUUUGAGACUCUUGGAGCUAACAGUAGUAUCCCUACAUUCAGAAAUGCCUCAAUCAGAAAGAGUAAACUCAUUGCACAGAUUCAAAGCUGGUGCUGCCAGAAUAUUGAUUGCUACAGAUGUUGCUUCAAGAGGUUUAGAUAUUCCAACUGUGGAGUUGGUAGUGAAUUAUGAUAUUCCAGCAGAUCCUGAUGAUUUCAUACAUAGAGUAGGGAGAACUGCAAGAGCUGGUAGAAAGGGUGAUAGCAUAAGUAUGAUAGCACCAAACGAUAUUCAAAGAAUUAUUUCUAUUGAGUCCAAAGUCAAUAAAAAGAUGACUAUAACCAAAACUGUGACUGAUGAUUCUGUUAUCCAAUCAAGUUUAAACAAAACUACUAGAGCAAAAAGAGAAUGUAUUUUGGAUAUGGAAAAUGAAAAUUUUGGAGAAAAAAAAAGAAUAAACAAAUAUAAGCAUGAAUUGAAUUUGAAAUCUAAAACUUCUAAAACUUUUAAAAAGACUAAAAGAUCAAAAAAAUCAAAGAGAUCCUAG